AUGAUAUCGCUUAUGACUGACUGGUUGCAUGACAACAUCACCUGUCUGAGUCUUAUCGCUGUUUUCGCGAGCUUCUACUAUUAUUCUACUUCGACGUACGGUAAAUGGCGGAUAUUGAACAUUCCGUACUUACCGCCGGUACCACUGUUUGGCAACACGACCAGAAUGAUGAUGAGACUCGAACAUCCGAUUGACAUGUUCGAAAGGUUCUACAACAGUUUUCCAGACGUCAAAUUGUUCGGGUUCUAUCAGAUGAGGGAUCCGAUGCUGUUGGUCCGCGACCCGGAACUGAUCAACGCGAUACUGGUUAAGGACUUCUCGCACUUCACCGACCACGGUAUUGACUUGGACCCGUCCACAUCUGUGCUGGCCAAUAGUCUGUUCUUCGCCAAGGGCCAGAAAUGGAGGACGAUGCGCCAGAAGCUGAGUCCGGGCUUCACGUCCGGCAAGCUGAAGGACACGCACGGCCAGAUCAACGAGUGCAGUGACGAGAUGGUGUCUGGAAUUGUCGAAACGAUCAAGAAGAAGACCGACCAAAUCGACGUGAAAACGAUGACUGGUGGUUUUUCAACAGAUGUGAUAGGCACGUGCGCAUUCGGCAUGAAGCUGGACACGAUCAAGAACGACGAUUCUGACUUCCGACGGUACGUCAAAAUAAUGUUCCAGAGCACUCCGAGACAGAUGAUCGUCCAGGUGUUGCUGAUGAUCUGCCCCUGGGUCAUCAAGGUGUUAAAAAUCAAAAUGUUUUCGGUAGAGGCGACCAAUUUUUUCCAUAAUGUUUUUACCGAUGUCUUCAAAUAUCGCGAAGAGCACAACGUAAUCCGGAACGAUUUGACGCAGACCCUGAUGCAGGCACGUAAAGAGUUAGUGUUGAAGAAAAACUCAAGUGUUGAAGAUAAAUUCACCGACGCAGAUAUCAUCGGCAACGCUAUUCUCAUGUUCACUGCUGGUUCUGAAACCAUAUCUUCAAUGCUAUCUUUUUGCCUGUACGAAUUGGCGCUGAAUAUAGAAAUCCAAGAAAGGUUACGAUCGGAAAUAUGUUCAAUGAAAGCAAAACACAACGGGCAGUUAAAUAACGAUUAUUUGAUGGACCUCUAUUACACCAACAUGGUUUUGGAAGAGACCGCUCGCAAGUACUCCAUUGCUUUUAGCUUAAUGAGAGUGGCUACAAAAACAUACACUCUACCUGACGAAUCAUUUGUCAUUGAAAAAGGACAAAAACUCAUUAUACCUAUGUUCAGCAUACAUCGUGAUCCAAAAUAUUAUCCCGAUCCCUUGAGAUUUGAUCCGGAAAGAUUUUCUACGGAACAAAAAUCUCAACGACCAAAUGGCACUUACAUGCCGUUUGGUGACGGACCUCGUCUGUGCAUAGGCAAACGGUUUGCCGAAUCAGAAAUGAAAUUGGUCCUGUCAAAUGUAUUGUCGAAAUUCGAAGUCUUGCCGUGUGAAAAAACCGAAAUUCCAGUCGACAUUAGAAGUAUGUCAGGAUUUAUUACACCGAAAAACGGCAUUGUGUUAAAAUUUAGACCAAUCGUUGAGCAUUAA